AUGGUGACCCUCGAGGAAGUGUCUCAUCUCAUCCCGAAAUCGGCGUCCGACGCCGCAACUCCCACACUCAGCCGAGCCGCCGACUCGUACAAGCCAUUGCACGCAUUCGACCUCGACAAGCGACGGCCCUACAAGCAGCAAUAUGGCGACAUGUACUUUCUACGCCUGACCAAGAUCAAGCCCGCCGUCGAGGAGGCGGCAUCGGCCUCGUGGGAGGGGACCGUCAUUGGUGGUGAAGAGGUCAAAAGGGUAGAACGCGUGCUCGAUGUUCGGCAGGGAGAGUUGUGCUGGGUAGCAGGGACAGUGUACAUGGACAUGCCUCUCAAGCCCAGUAUCCUCGAGGACGUGUCCAAAGACCGAUGGAUUUCCGCCCCCAUACCCACCCAGCAGACCUACUUCUCCCCCGACGGCUCCGACCAAGUCAUGCUCGAGGACGACUCGGGCCGCAUCCGCCUCGUCGGCGAUGUGGUCCACUCCGUCCCCCUCGUGACGGGCUGCAUCAUCGCCGUCAUGGGCACCGAGAACAGCAGCGGCGAGUUCGAAGUCAUUGACACCAAGUUUCCCGACCUUGCCGACCAGCCCGAGCGAUGGGCCCUCUCCAAACCACUGCCUCCUUCGGCCAACGGCCUCGGAAAAGGGCGGCCCAUCAUCAGAGACGAGCACCGAGAUGUCGAAAUGACAGACGCCUCCCCGCCAGCCCCCGGCAAGAAGAUGGCCAUCGUGUCCGGGCUCUCCUUCUCCAGCACCGGCGCCUCUCACGCCGUCGAACUCAACCUCCUGCAGGAAUACCUCCUCGGCCAAGCACUCGCCCCAGCCGACCAGGAAGAAGUCGCGAGCAUAAGCAGGCUCAUCAUUGCCGGAAACUCCAUCUCCGCCGCCGCCACCGAGCACAGGCCCGACGAGACCGAGAAGAAGGGAGGCAGAAAGUACGGCUACGACGCGAGCUCCUACAACGCCCUCCCGUCGCAGCUCCUCGACGACUUCCUCGACGCGCUGCUGCCCUCGAUACCGGUCACCCUCGUCCCCGGUGCUCAGGAUCCCGCCAACGCAAGCUACCCCCAGCAGCCCGUCCACAUGGCCCUGUUUCCCCGCGCGAGGGCAUACGGGCCCGAGCCCGCAAAGCCCAAAGAACCCGGGUGGUUUGACGCCGUCACCAACCCCUGGGAGGCCGAGCUCGAGGGGUGGCGCGUCCUAGGCACCGGCGGUCAAAACGUGGACGACGUCUUCAAGUACGUCGACAGCGACGAUAGACUGGGCAUGAUGGAGGCCAUGUGCAGAUGGAGGUGCUGCGCCCCCACCGCACCCGACACGUUGUGGAGCUAUCCGUUCCAGGAAGAUGACCCGUUUGUCAUGAAGACGUGUCCGCACUUGUUCUUUGUGGGCUGUCAGCCUGAAUUCUCGACGAGGACGAUUGGCGGCCCUCGUGGUCAGUCCGUGAGGUUGAUUACGGUCCCUUCAUUCGCCGAGACAAAGGAGCUGGUUCUUGUGGACAUGGAAACGAUGGAGGUUUCCCUGGUGAGUUUUGGCAAGCAAAAGUCGGCGUCAUGA